GAGUACAAUCCUCAUCCUAAAAGGCAGGAAGAGUGAAAUAUUCUACCAUCAUAAAGAAGACUUAUCUUACUUUCCAUUGGCUAGGAAUGAAGUACACUAAUUUGGAAAAUUUAUUCUUACUUAUGAAAAGUUGUGUGAAGGGAACCACCUUCUCUCCCUUCUCUAAACAAUUUUUAGCACUAAAAAUACCAAAACACAGUGGUAAAAUAUCACUUUAUCUUCUGUGAUCUUGUCCUAUUACAAAGCAAUAUGCAUAAAUAUAUAAUUAACUAAUUUUUAUCUCUCUAGAUUAGCUACACAAUGGAUAUGCAAUGAUUUCUGGACAUAAAAAAACCUGAAGGAACAUGACCAGCUGGAACUGCACACUGGUGACCUAUUUCCAAUUUUUACCUUUCUCCAGCAUCCCAGAGGUCCAAGACUCUCUCUUUUGUCUGGUAUUGUUCAUGUACCUCAGUACUUUGGUGGGGAACUUCCUCAUCAUUAUGAUCACUAUGGUAGAUGCUACCUUCUGCUCCCCCAUGUAUUUUUUCCUCAAGAAUUUGUCCUUCCUGGAGAUUGGCUACACUACAUCCACAAUCCCCAAGAUGCUGGUGAACUUCCUCACAAAAAGGAAGGGCAUAUCAUUUCUGGGCUGUGCCACACAGAUGUACAUGUUCACCCUCUUUGGGAUCACAGAAUGUUGUCUGCUGGCUGCCAUGGCCUAUGAUCGCUAUGUGGCCAUAUGCCAUCCCCUGCACUACACCACCAUGAUGAGCUGGAAUAAGUGCUUCCUGCUGGCAGUUUUAUCUUGGCUUACUGGGUUCUUGGUGGCCUUAGGGCAGACAACGUUCAUCUUUACCCUUCCAUAUUGUGGGCCCAACAAGAUCAAUCACUUCUUCUGUGACCUGCCACCCCUGCUGAAGUUGGCUUGUGUGGACACCUACAACAAUGAAAUCACCAUCUACAUAGUAGCUGUCCUCUUCAUCAUGGCCCCUUUCUUACUCAUAGUUGUGUCAUAUGUAAAGAUACUCCACACCAUCUUCCAGAUGCCAUCAGCUGGGGACAAGAGAAAAACGUUCUCUACUUGCUCAUCUCAUCUGGUCGUGGUCACUCUGUUUUAUGGAUCUGGCAUUGUGACUUACUUGAGACCCAAAACUCCUUAUUCCAGCAGCAGAAACAAAUUGCUUUCUCUCUUUUACACACUGAUGUCUCCAACGAUGAAUCCCUUGAUUUACAGUUUGAGGAACAAAGAGGUAAAACAAGCCUUGAAAAGACUGAUAGCCAAAAAAAUAAAUAUGUGAUAUGUGUAUGAACUAUAUUAAAUUAAAUCUAGUGGUAGUUUCCUUUUUUGU